AUGUCGAACGUAUCAAAUGUGGAAAAUCUGUCACCGCAGAUAAUUCGACAAGUUACAAAAGAAAUUAGUAGUUUAUGUCGAAAUCCACCGGAAGGAAUCAAAGUUUUUAUGAACGAGGAAGAUGUUACAGACAUACAGGCAACAAUUGAAGGGCCAGCUGGCACACCAUAUGCUGGCGGGACUUUCCGUAUGAAACUUGUCCUCGGCAACAACUUUCCCUCAGAACCACCCAAAGCUUUCUUUCUCACCAAAAUAUUUCAUCCCAAUGUGUCUGGCAAUGGAGAGAUCUGCGUCAACACAUUAAAAAAAGACUGGAAGCCAGAGCUGGGCAUCAAACAUAUUUUAUUGACAGUCAAGUGUUUGCUGAUUGUUCCUAACCCUGAGUCAGCCCUGAAUGCUGAAGCUGGAAAGUUGUUGUUGGAGCAAUAUGAAGACUACUCCCUCCGAGCUAAAAUGUUUACAGAAAUUCACGCCAAGCCUCUAAGAGUCUCAGAGGAAAACUGCUCUACAGAAGAUAAAACAGCAGACGGUCCUCUUGCAAAAAAACACGCAGGAGAUAAAAAGCUUUUGGAGAAAAAGAAACGUGAUAAAAAGAAGACAUUAAAACGCUUGUGA